CUUUCAGCAUGCGAAAGGAGAGUGUCCAACGAUUUCUGAAGAACCUACGCGACGUUAUAGAACUACGGCAGACUGAACUUCCAACAUACGAGCCGACCUCAAAGGACGAAUCCACGCAAUGGCGGGACUUUGUACGCGCCUUGAAAAUUUCCAACUACCUCCAUUAUCCAUUGACGAUGAUUGAUACAUUUCGCGCCGAUGAUGCGAACCGGUGUCUUCGUGCGCGACUUGAAUACAUCUUCUGCGAAGGCAGGCACACAUUACUGCAGAAUGCCUCCGGCAGUGGGAAAACAAGCCUUCUUUUCGAGGGACUGCGCCACCGAUGGGGUCUAUACUUCGUGGGCGCCGUUGAUACUUGGGCGAUCGGCUCGUGCGAUAUCUACAGACUCAUCAAGUUUCUCGCAGACGAAAGAAAUUAUGGCCGUCCUCAAAGUCACGCCUCACGUAUUGAGGCCCUCAGAAUCCCGUUAUUAGUUCGCCUUCUCGCCUUUGAGGCAUAUGCCCAGAUUAUCGACAUCUCGCACGCGUCUACGGAGGAUUACCAGUUCUGGCUUCUCCUACAAGGUUGCGGUCAACAUUACCUCGAAUUUGGUGAUGAGUACGCGCUUCUCUCGAAUAACAUCUACUUCGACAAGAGCUUGGACAUCAGCGCGGAGAUCGACAAAGCGAUGACCCGGAUCCGCGUACUGACGAAUGACCCCGAAUUCCAUUUCUAUUGCGUCGUCGACGAAGCUCAGGUGCUUGCUCGCGACGUACACCCGCUUGAAUCCGACACUUUCGCCCCCUUCUCACCACAUCGCGACCUGUCGCAGUCAUGGGAGCAGUAUCGUUGGCUCACUCUCAUCAUGUCUGGGACCAUCGUCCCGUUCAAGCACUAUAUCGGCUCGGGCUAUCGAGUAACAUCAGCCACUGGAUUCUUCGACCCACCACAGGCGGCAUCGUACAUCCGGCGCUUCCUCCCGCCGGUAAUCUCUUCCUCAGAAUCGGGGAAGACGCUUGUUCGGCGGGCCGGCGCCUGGGUUCAUGGAAGACACCGAUUUGCCGGCGCGUUCAUAGCACUCGUUCUAGAGAAAGGGUUGGACGCCCCUCAUAGUCUUUUCAAUAACUACAUAUUCACUAUGGCUGGAUUUAAACCCCUCGACGCGCACGAUCUGGUCGAACAGGAAGAAACUGCCGUCUGCGCCUUCAAUAUCCCCUUCCCUCCCCUCGAUACUCUCAACGCGUACAGUGAUCCUGCAGUUCUUCGUGCCAUGUAUCACGUCGUCUUCAAGUAUUUGGUGACCGGCACCUGCACGCACGUGUUCGAUACGAAUUACAUCGCCCUCGUCGAGAAUGCAGCUGGCCGCUUUUGCGAUGACGACGCCUCCCAGAUAAUUGUCGACGAGCCGCUGUGCAUCGUGUCUGCCGCCAAUUGGCUCUGCGACUCAACCAGUAGAGGCCUGUUGAACCUAGAUCUCGAGCAGAACGGCGGUGAUCCUUCGAUCUCCAGUAUUCGCGAGUACAGCGCCCUGCUGCUGGCGUACGCGUUGAGCGACCCGCGUCCUCUGAAAGCCGUGGUACAGAACCCCGAUCCCGCACGCCUUUGGACCACGGGCACCGUGGAGCUGGUCGAGCUGCAUCGCUCGCUCGACGGCGCGUCUUGCGUCUUCUACCCAUUCAGAUAUCAGCACCUCACGUCCAAUCGCGCUACCGACUGCGCAAGCUAUGGCGAUGUUCUGGCAUGGCUGAGCCAUGAGCGCACUUCCCCCUUCUGCCUCUUGCCAGAUGGAAGGAGUCUACUGUUCGCGUUGAAGCUUUCUGACGGAUCUUUCUGCUGGGCAGUAGCGCAGACGAUGUCGAAGGUCUCGGACGACCUAUCGCAAUGCUUCCAUCCUCCGGAUGAUAGCGAAAAGGACGCGUCGCACGCCAUAGCGCUGCUAUCGCAGAUCCCCGUCCCGUGCAAGACGCUCGGGGCGCCACCCAUACUCAGGAUCGCAAUCUCACCGACGACGGACGCUAUGGCUUCCGACGGACCGGUCAUGGACAGGUCGAGGCUGGAGACGCUGGCCGCCGCCAUCAACUUGCAAGACGUGCUGCACCGCAUCGUGGCCCACGUCGUACGGAUCGCCGAACCUCACGCACCGGCGGCCAGUGAGCUUGUCAGCCCAGGCGCUCCGCUAGGCCCUCCGACGACAUCCAAACACAAGGCAGCGAUUCCGAGGCGAACCAAGGAGCGGUCUUCGAAGUCGAGCCAACAGACACGUCAUGAUCUUCGCCCUCGACAAAAGGCUAUCUCGCCCCCUACGGGCCCCAUAACGCGUAGCAUGCGGGCAAAAUCUGCCGCCGCGAGAAGAUCUAAAUCCCCCACUCGAACGGGAAAGCGCUCGUACGCAGACAAGACCGACGUGGGUCCUCAGAAGCAGCUCAAACGACCACGCACUAUUACAUAGCACCUUUCAAUAGCGCUUUGUAUAUUAUGGUAACACAACCCUCCACAGCUAACUACGUGGAAUACAAGAAGAGAAUUACAACCGUAGAGUUUGUGCUGUCGCGCAACUCGUCU